UUGAGUCAGGGCACACAUGCUUCAGCAGUAAGAGGCUCCACUCCCGUUGGCUGGCCAGCAUCCCAGGGCAGACGCACAGAGAGAGAGAGAGAGAGAGAGAGAGAGAGAGAGAGAGAGAAAUACUGAGAGGACUAAGAGUAAGAGAGAGAGGAGGAAAAGAAAGACAGCAAGUAGACUAGAAAGUGGGAAGAGGAAAAGCGCCAAAGAAGUGGAAGAGUAAGUGUCCCUUCAUAGAAAGGAAAAGUAUUUGGAUUUGACUUUUGGUCAGGGUGGCACCUUAAGGUUAGUUUUCCCGGAAGUGUAUUUAUAUCCUGAGUGAUCGUGAGAGCUGAGCGGUGUGUGUUUGGACUUGACAGCCAUGGCGGAUCCAGCAGGCUUGCAGCAGGAGCGAGUGGCUCUGACCGAGGUGUCUGACGACGACGAGGAGGUGUCCCUGGUGGCCGCAGCGGUCCAGCCCGCCACCGACAGCGAUGAAGACGACGUUUCAGAAGAAGUGGACCUGGUGCUGGCCACGACCUCAGGCACCAAGAGUGAUGCGCAGGUAAACGGGGUCAUGGUGCUGACCCUGCUAGACAAGAUCAUCGGGGUGGUGGACCAGAUCCAGCAGACCCAGAACGGGCUGGAGGCCAGACAGCAGGACAUGGAUAAAUCUGUGUCUUGCAUCCAGGGAGAGCUGGCCAAGCUGUCCAAGAGCCACACUGGCACGGCCAACACCGUCGACAAGAUGCUGCACAAGGUGCGCAAGGUCAGCGUCAACGUGAAGAUGGUCCGCACCAACCUGGAGAAGCAGGCGGGCCAGAUCAAGAAGCUGGAAAGCAAUGAGAACGAGCUGCUCAAGAGACGGCACUUCAAAGUCCUCAUCUACCAGGACGAGAAUAAGGCCGCUAAAGCCUCGCUAAAGUCGUCCAAGGCGGCAGAGAAUGUAGCUGAGGGCUGCUCUAUGGAAGGGGGGCUGGAGCAGAUCCCUGAGGAGGGGGGUGAGGUGGCGUACACUGGCCUCAACUCAGACGAGGAGGUGGAGAUCGAGGAGAUCAUCGAAGAGUCCCGGGCGGAGAAAAUCAAACGCACCAGCAAGGCACGCGUGGACAACAUCAAGAAGGCCUUCUCCAAAGAGCAGAGGGAGAAGAGAGUGCAGAAGACGAAGGAAAACCUGGAAAAGACCAAGCAGAAGACCAAGGAUAACCUGGAGAAGACCCGGCAGAAGACCCACGACAAGCUGGAGAAGACCAAGCAUAGCCUGGAGAAGAAGAUGGGCAAGCUGGGCAACAAGAUGACCCCCAACAUGGAGCGGAAGGAGAAGUUGAAGGGCUCCAAGGAGAUGUUGAAGAAGUCACUGACUCCCGACCACACCGUCUACGCCCGUUCCAAGACAACCGUGUACCGCGUGCCUCCUUUCACCUUCCACGUGAAGAAGUUCCGGGACGGAGAGGUGGAAGUGGUGCACACAGAGGGCACAGAGAUGGUGGAGGUGGCCGAGAAUGAGGCCCUGCAGGCAGGAGAGGGAGACGUGGAGGUGGAGGAGCUGGUGAGAGUAGUAGACACCCCAGAGAUGGCUGCUGUCCUGGAGUUGGAUGAUGAGGGGGGGGAGCUGGUGAGAGUAGACACCCCAGAGAUGGCAGCUUUCCUGGAGGUGGCUGAGGACCAGGUGGCAGAGCAUCUGAUCAGGCUGGAGAGUAAGCUCCCUGUGGUGAAGACAAACAUGAAGACAACCAGCAAAUAACUCUGUCUACAGGGCCCAGCAGGAAUGAAAAAAUGAAACAAUAGAGGGAUGAGGAGACAAAGGAGAAGAGAGAGGAGGAGAGUAAGGAAGAGGAGAGAGAGAGAGAUACUAAAUGUUUAUGACAGUGACACACCAUGCACGAUAAGGGCUGUCUGGACAAUGUUCACAAUCUACUCAUCUUAUAAUAAUAAUAAUAUAAUAUGCCAUUUAGCAGACACUUUUAUCCAAUGUGACUUACAGUCAUGCGUGCAUACAUACAGUAAUGCGUGCAUACAUACAGUCAUGCGUGCAUACAUACAGUCAUGCGUGUCUACAUACAUCUUGUUUGAUUUCAUUUUUUUCUUACCCAACAGGGAUGACUUUCAAUGUAGUAUUUGCUGUUCUAGACAAAAAAGUUUUAAAACCCAGCCCUGAAUUUUUUUCUUACUCACAUAUUUUCUUGGCUUUUAAUUGGUGAUUGACUCUGUUACCAAUUACCACAAUGAGUAUCCUAGUUGGUCUAGUCUGGGAUAUUGCUUGUUGAUAUCGUUUUGUUAAUUUUUUUGUUUUUGAAAUAGAAUGACCACAAUGCUAAGGGAAUAAAUAGUAUUUGCUAUUGUGAUUUGAUGUACAAUAAUUGCUACGUAGGAUAUACAGUACAUAGCAGCGUAUAUGGAAAUAGGACCCACUGGGCACAGAUGUCACUUCAACGUCUAUUCCACGUUGGUUCAAAGUCAUUUCGUUGAAAAGACGUGGAAACAAUGUUGAUUCAACCAGUGUGUGCCUAGUGGGGGUGAUGUUUAUAGAUUUUUUGAUUUGAUGGUCGGUGGUCAUGUGAUGUGCAUGUCAGAGAAAUUAAGUUUUGACAAAUGAAGAGUAAGAGCACAUACUGUAAACACCUAAAGAUGGUUUCAACAUGGAUGGGGAGAGACACAGGGGACUGUCUUUUCCUUGACUGAAGAGUUUACAGAUCGGUUAAACAAAUGCUCACAGCCAUUUUGAGCAGCCAGCUUUCUACUGUAAGUGUGGGCAUGCAAGCUCUGUCAACAUGUCAAGGUUUUUAAAGGAUGAGAUAUAGAUAGAUAAGUUAAUGAUUCACUUUUCUUAAAGGAGCACUAUGUAGCUUUUAUUUCUGAUGAACAGUGUGGCCCUAAUGGUUGAUUGUUUUCAUUUUGGAGGACUGAGAGGGAGGGUCACGGCAAAUGCAAUAUUAAAAAAGAAGAGGAACAGACUCACUGAUUGGCAUAAAUGGAACUACUUUUGUGUAUGUGUGUUAUGUUUCA